CUUUCUGUUAGUAGCUCUGCUAUGUUCAUUUGUUUAUUUAAAAACUAUAAAUAAAUGUAGAAAGUAAAGUAUUAAUUUUUCGACCUUAAAGUAGUGUGAAAAAUGUAGUCUUUUGUAGAAAAGUCCAAAACUCCGUUUUAAUACAAAGUAACUGCAGUGCUUGCCAGUAACCAAAAAUCAAUACCCGUUAACAACAACCGGAGCGCGUAAAUUCCGUCAGUUUGACAGUUCCGUUGAUAAGAACUAUGCGGUCGGACUAUAUGAAGCGCAGGCGCGCUCUUUGGCGCCCCCUUAUCCUACGUAGUGCCCAUGCAAACUUUCCGGAAUCCAAAUUCUCAGACAGUCCACGUUCGGGCGUCGUUGCAAGCAGUGUGUGCUAACGGUACUCCAACCGCGCUGCAUGUGCGUUCCCCGUUUGCAUUUGUGUGCGUCUGCCCGUGACUGUGUGCGUGUGUGUGAGAGGAGAAGAAAAAAGUAAAAUAACAGAAAAACGGGAAAAAGUAACGGGAACGUCUGCCCCAAAACAGUUGCAAGAAAAGAACACACACGAUUCCGUUGGCGGUGCACCAAUUUUUCGGUUGAAAAACUGUAAUUCGAUUGGAUCAGUUCAGAUUUCCCAUAGCAGGACUUUCAACGGUACGGUAGCACUUCAAGGAGCCGGAGCAGCCGAGACGGGGACGGGGACUUCACAGCAACAUGUGUGUGGCUUAAAUCGGCGUUGAGCAGCUAUAGCUACACAAAAAAAAAAAAACCGACCGCAACUUGAGGAUAUAGUUAGUCGGCCUUCGCUUCUGGGCCAUAAAAUGCAUUUACACUUUGAGCGAAACAUCAACACAAAAUGCGAUUGCACGAUACUCUCAUUAUCAUGGAUGGGAAAGGUGCCAGAUGAUAUACCCGAGGACGAGGGAUGGAAGCUAAACCGCACCAACUACUACCAGGAGGGAUGGCUGGCCACGGGCAAUGUGCGCGGCAUUGUGGGAGUGACCUUUACCACCUCACAUUGCCGCAAGAACAUGGACUAUCCGCUAAGGACCAACUAUAACCUGCGCGGCCACAGAUCGGAUGUCAUCCUGGUCAAGUGGAACGAACCAUACCAGAAGCUGGCCUCCUGCGACAGCUCUGGAAUCAUAUUUGUGUGGAUCAAGUAUGAGGGCCGCUGGUCCAUCGAGCUGAUAAACGAUCGGAAUACACCGGUGACCCACUUUUCCUGGUCGCAUGACGGACGUAUGGCUUUGAUCUGCUACCAGGAUGGCUUCGUUCUAGUGGGCUCCGUGGCUGGCCAAAGGUAUUGGUCCUCCAUGCUCAAUUUGGAGUCUACUAUCACCUGCGGCAUUUGGACGCCCGACGACCAGCAGGUUUACUUUGGAACCACACAAGGACAGGUUAUUGUGAUGGAUGUUCAUGGAGCGAUGGUGUCUCAAGUCCAGCUGUCCAACGAUGUGCCCAUUACCUCAAUGGCCUGGUCAUGUGAAAAGUUCAAGAUGGAGGAGGGCGAGGAAGCGGAGCCCGGUGUAACCAAUGCGGCCAAACGAUCCUUUGUCCUGGCAGUUAGCUUCCAGAAUGGAUAUAUUUACUUGCUAAAGUCGUUCGACGACGUCUCACCCGCACAUAUCAACACAUGCCUUAACGGCGCCCUCGGUAUGGUCAUGGAGUGGAGCAACUCCCGCGAGCUGCUUGCCGUUGCAGGAACUCUGCGAACCGGAUUAGAUGGAACAAAGCCAGAGGAUAUGGGAACACCCAGUAGCUACACGAAUCUGGUCAAGUUCUACACGGAGACGGGAACCUGUCUGUAUCAGGCGCACAUUCCCUGCAGCAGUGCCACUGUUUCCGCCAUCACUUGGGGCCACAACGACAAAAGGCUGUUCAUCGCCACGGGGACGCAGGUUCACAUCGCCUGGGUCUCCAGACGGGUGGCCUCCUUGCAGCUCCUGUGCCGCCUGGAGAUCCAGGCGAGUGUUGGAUCCGAGUCGCUGCUGCCCCUGCUGCCGUUGCCUUCUAGGAUUAAGUCUCUCAUUGGCAAUCUGUUUGCUCAAACGAUAAGAUGCUGUGUACCUGACCUGAAGUCGCUGCGUGAUUUUGUUUCGCGACCACCGCUAUGCUCCACCCGGCUGCACUGCACCAUGAUUCGACACGAUGACGACUCCAAUCUGAGCUCCGGCACAUGUUACACCCUGUAUCUGGAGUACCUAGGCGGAUUGGUGCCCCUUCUCAAAGGCAAGCGCACUUCUAAGAUUCGUCCAGAGUUUGUAAUCUUUGAUCCUCAGGUUAAUGAUACCCCUUUGUACUUUCAAUACUCCGCCGAGGCCAAGAGCUCAUCGGGCUCCAGCCAGUCCACCACUACGGGCAACAGUGGGCGCACAGACUCCUCGGACAGUGACUACGAGGAGAGAUCUCGCUUUGGCUCUCCGCGAACUCCUCGUAAGAAGCGAGUGCGUCCGAAAAGACGUAACCAAGCUGGCGAUAGGCUGAGUGCUUCUGGUGGCGGAGGAACGAAUGACCCCGACAGCCUGGAUGAACUUGCUUAUGUGGACACACUGCCGGAGCAGGAAGUCAAGCUGGUGGAGGUGACAUCCAACAUUUGGGGAACCAAGUUCAAGAUCCAUGGACUUGCCAAAACCGUCCCAGCCAAUUUAGGCCAAGUAACUUAUAAGACGUCCCUACUGCAUUUGCAGCCGCGUCAAAUGACGCUGGUCAUCACCGAGCUGCGCGACGAUUUUCCACCUGGUCCUGAUCCCAGCUUUAAUCCGAACAUAUUCUCCGAGGAUGAGGAUGAGCAUCACCAGCACCAGGUUAAUCAUCACGAUGCAGUGCCGCAGGUGAAUGUGAUCACCACUCAGGAUGGGGCUUCCCUAAAGCCACCAAUAAUACCGCAGCGUCGUCUCACCGAUGGAGCCUCUGCACCUUUAAUAGCGCCCAUGUCACCACGUCCAAAUCGAAUCCUGGCGCGUCACAAGAACUCCUUGACUAUAAAUGGCGGAGAACGGGGAUCUGGCUCUUCAGCGGGUUUGAGUCCUUUGGCCCGAGCUGAGAGCUAUGAUGAUGAUUCAUCGAAUGAAUCCCAGGAGGCGGGAGCUGCAGCCUGCCAGUCAACCACUGUGCUCCUCCACCAGGCACCUUCGAAUGGUUCGGGUCCUGGACCUAGCAGCAGCAAGACUAUUACACGUCCCAAAACUAUAAGCAGUUUUAAGAACAGUUACAGUCGCUCCAGCUCCAAUUCCAGUUGCCAGUCGCGUCACGCCAUCUCGCCGCUGUAUUGCGAUGGAGCAGUUCCCACGCUGCAGAGUCCCAAGAAUGCAGUGGCUCCUUCGGAUAUAAUAUUCGAGCGCCCAGCAGUGCCCGCCGCUGGACAGACCACCCUGAUGUCUUACUCGAGCAAUGCGGACUAUGCCAACAAUGUGGUUCAGGUGAAAAAUGCCCUAAUGUCGGAGCCAGUACGCUCGGCCAAUAGCCAUGUGAAUCCGGUGCCACUAAAUCUCAAUCUGAAUUUGGAGAGAAUGGAUGCACGGGUCAAAUGCAUGGCACCUACCACUUCAUCCACCGCCAAGCGACGUGAAAUGCUUUACAUCGAUGAGGAGACACAGUCGCCAACGCCCACGCCAAGCAGUAGCAGCAUGAAGCGGACUCCAACGGUGGUUUCCAUAGCUCCUGCUUUGCCCGACUCCAUCACGCGCAGUUGCAGCGUUGGAUAUCUGGAUUCUGUGGCCAUUACACCUUCGGACGAGGCAUUGUCCGCCUUGCGAAAGGAUGCUCCGAAUAAGCGACUGAUACUGGUGGACAAGCGAAGGAAUCGCCGGAAAAGGCAGCAGCAGGAGGACGCUCGACGGCACAAACUGCAGCAAACAGGGAAGUCAAAGAGUCUGGACUCCUGCGACCUUCUGUCUCUGCAGACGAAGCUGUCCAGCAAGGAGCACGAACAAGUGGUGCGCAAACUGCAGGAAAUAUCCGACAGUAGCGCUUGCAGCAGUGCGGCCAACACACUGUGCUUCAAGUGCCGCAACAACAUGAGUCCCAGUAGUGCCUGCAAGCGGUGUCAGCCUUCGGCGAGUUCCGUUCUUGAUGAGAUUACGUCUGUCGUGGCGACGUCCGUAGUUGAACCGGCUAAGGAGGCUACAGUGGUGCAGGCCAAGCCGACGCCCAAAAAACGCUUCGAUGUCAUUACUAGCUUCACGGACUCGCCGCUCUUUACUAGGAAACAUCGAUUUGGGAUCGGUCGCAGCAAGGAAACAGCUAGCACUGAGAACUCAACUCCAUUGUUAGGAAGGAAGCAGGAUAACGGCUUUAGUUUCGUAAAGCAGCUAUCCGAGGUUCGCUGGAGGCGCAAGGAACAGCCAUCCCAGGUGCAAGUAAAUGGUUCAAGUAAUGCCAGCACUUUAGAGCGGCAACAGCAGCCAGAGAUCACGGGAGCAGCUUGUGGCGCUGUGGAAGCAACACCCGUGGAGGCCAAGGCCUCGGUUUCUCUCCAUACUCAGGCACUUACGACUUUAGAGAACAUAAUAAGCCGCCUUCGUGAUCUGGAUGAGGGUCGUCUGACGCCACCUUCCACACCCCAGAGACUACCACGAAGUUCUCCAGCCUCGCCGGCAGCUAGCAAAAAGAACAAAAGGCAGCAGAGUAACUCUCCCAUUCGCCACAUUUUAAAUUCUCCGCUGUUAAAUCGGCGCCAACGCAAAAAGCAGAGUAUUAUCGAAAGCUCCGACGAUGAGGGAAACCAGACAAAUGGAUCUGGUGAGGAGAGUAUCAACGCGGGCAAUGGAAAACAGUAUCGCGACCUGGAGACCUUCCAAAAGGCUCAACUGCGCCAGAAGCUAAAGCGCGGAAAGAUUGAGCCGAACGGCAGUGCUAGUUGUGCCAAUCCGGCGCCAGUGCGUCGUGAGUUUGUGAUGCACAAUAAGGCGCCCAUGUGGAAUGAGAUGAGCCAGGUGUACCAGCUGGACUUUGGAGGUCGCGUUACCCAAGAGUCCGCCAAGAACUUCCAAAUCGAGUUCCGCGGCAAGCAGGUAAUGCAGUUUGGACGCAUUGAUGGCAACGCCUAUACCCUGGAUUUCCAGUAUCCUUUCUCCGCCCUCCAGGCCUUUGCAGUGGCCCUGGCCAAUGUGACACAGCGACUUAAGUAAACGAGGAUCGAGGGAUAAGCUAUCGUAUCGCAUCGCAUCUUUAAUGGCAUGUCGCCAGCUGAUUGCAGCAAUUGCUUUUUUGGCCUACGCUAUAUAUAUUUUUUAUACCAGACACGGUGGGAGGAUGGACAAUUAGCGAAAAUUGCUUCUUCAUUUGUAUAUAUUGUAUAUGUAUUGUGGUCUUUAGGUUUCCGAAUACCGUACUUUAGUGAUUAUGUAUGUGAACACGUACCACCACUUGAUUGAAGGUUUUGCCAUGUGCAGCACAAUGAAAUACGAGUGCGCGCAUGGGUGUGCAAACUCACAGUCCGAUCCAUUUUUGUGCAAUAUUUGUAUGACAAAUUUUUUGGAUUAAGUGUAGCCGAGUGUAAAUGUAAGGCGUAGACGAUGUACGAUGUAUUUUAAAUCAAACUACUAUAACACGAUUAACGAUCAGUCGGUUUUUAACACUAGUUUGUACAAGAGCAGCCUUUUUUGCAUAGAGCUUCGUUUUUCGCUUUACUCGAUUUAAGUGCAAUAAACUCCUUUUGUUAACUCCUAGAUCUAAGACAUAUUGGCGAACCCAGCUAACCGCUUGGCCCAGCAGUCGAAAAAUUCAUUGAAGUGAACGGACAAGUCCGAUUUACUUGACGCUAGCAUAUUUUUUAUAUGUGUAAACUAAUUGUGAAUGUUGAAUCGAUCGACAGCAAGGAAUACAGAACUUUG